AUGACUGAGAAGGAUAAAAAGUCCAAUUUCUCACUAAAACUUUUUGUCAUUCUCCUAGUCUGGAUCAUCUCAGUCUAUGCAGCUAUCACCUUCAUAAGAAGUUCCGAUGAACCACCUUGUAAAUCAGAAUCUCUUCCUGUAAAACACAAAGGUGUCUGCAAAUCACCGGAAUGCAUCACAUUGGCACAUCAAUUGCAUAAUUGGCGUGACGUAUCAGUGGAUCCAUGUGAAAACUUUUUCGAAGCAGCGUGCGGGAAGUACAACGAGAAUAAUCUUGAGUCGAAAACUAGGCUGAGCACCAAAACUGGAAUAGUUGCUCGACUGAUUAAAGAAUUCCUCGACAAGAACCUACCGUCUACUUCGAAUUCUGAAAAUGCGAUGCAUUUUUUAUAUCAAAAGUGUCAGGAGUCAAAUAAGCUUAACGCCACGGAAAUUGCGGAACAGGAAGCAAAGUCUCAGCUGGAAUUGAUCACGAGAAUUGGAUCGGCUCCAGUUUUUGGACGGAACUGGAAUGAAGCGGAUUUUGACUUGAAUGAUAUGAUGGCUGCAAUGGCAAAACUCGGGCGGGAUCAGUUUGGAUUCUUAAAGUUUGUGAUACACAAUCAGUAUUUAGUUAUAAUCAGAGACCCCAUCACAUCUGAAGCUCUCGAAUCUGGAAUCAAGAAGAUAUUGAAUGAAACACUGAGAUUAAUUUACGAAAGACCAGAUGCUGAUCAGAUAGGGAGAGAUGUUAAAGAUGUGAUAAAGUUGAAUGAUGAGUUGCAAGAGCCCAAUACAAAUGUUUCCGGCGGAAUAUAUUCAUCCGAAUUUCAAGAAAAUGUUCCGAGUCUUGACUUCACUAGAAUCAUUAAAAGUCUUAUUGAUCCGAGAAGAAAAGAAGAAGUCUGGGAGAGAAUUCAGAACAGAACUGUAGGACUUAAUGACGCGUUGUAUUACAGUGAUGGGAAGAAAAAUUUGGAAACUAUACUACAAUCCAGUUCAAAUCGGACAUUGGCAAACUACUUGAUGAUUCGUUUUCUCAUUUCACUGGAAAAACAGAAGACAUCUGGGAAAGAUGAUUGUACAGAGGAAGUUAUAGAAAAACUGCCACUUGCUUCUCUCCGAAUGUUUGCUCGCAAUCAUUUUGAUAAGGAGAACCUCCAAAUUGCCUCUGACAUAGUUGAGGAUAUUAUCGGAAGUUUUGUUGAAACUAUUCAGAAAUCCUCAUGGCUUCAUGAGACGACAAAACAGAGAGCUAUCAAGAAAGUAAAGAAUAUGAAGAAAGUUAUUGGUUAUCCAAAAGAAUUGGAGGUUCCGGGCACGUUGGAUAGAUUUUUUGAAUCGCUCAACUUGUCUGACAUCAAUAUGACAUAUUUCCAAACAAAAAUCGAAAUUGAGAGAUUUCGAACCAUUCAGUCUAUGAAUCAUUUUGCUGCGUUGUUCCCAUUUGAAUCUAGUUCUGAUUAUUUGAUCACCAAUGCCUUUUACCAUCCAACAAUCAAUAAACUAACUCUAAACGUUGCUUUCUUGGACGAUCCAUUCUUUGAUUCGACAUAUCCAAAAUAUGCAAAAGUGGCUAGUAUUGGAGAAGUGAUUGGUCAUGAAAUAGGUCAUGGGUAUGAUCCAUUUGGAAGACAGAGAGAUGAAAAUGGCAAAGAAAGCAACUGGUGGACACCUGAAGAUUCAGCAGAGUAUGAUAGAAGAACGCAGUGCCUGAUCAAUCAAUACAAUGAGUAUGACGAUCCAGAUUUUGGGAGAAAUCUGAAUGGCACCACUACGAUUAAAGAAAUCGCUUCUGAUAUGAUUGGUGUAGAGACCUCCUGGAGAACUUACAAAAAAGUGGACUUUUCUAAUGAGCCUAGUAUUUUUGGGUUUGAGGACGAGAAACCGGACAAAUUAUUCUUCCAUCUUACGGCUCUGAAUUGGUGUAGCUCUAGAUCUGAAGUAUCUUUGGCAGAACAGUUAACAAGAACGCAUCCAACUUAUAGCUUCCGUGUAAAUGGGGUGUUUUCCAAUAUGAAAUCUUUCGCAGAAGCAUUCAAUUGCCCAGUUGGAUCACCUAUGAAUCCAGAGAAGAAGUGCCACGUUUUUUGA